GAUAUGGCUUUAAGGGUGCCUAGGAAGCAAUAAUGAACUUGACCUUUGCCCAUGUCCGUGGUGUCAACAAAGACAUGGACGUUAUUGUGGUGCAUUCAUGCCCAAAUGUUCCGGAUCACGAUACGAACCGGCCACCAAGACCGGCAAGUAACAGUCCCGCUACGGAACUGGAAUGAAGACAAUAUCUACCGGAAAAUUUGUGAUGCGUUCCAUCUGUCGGUAUUGUUCGGGUACGCAAAUGUACAUAUUCGUGCCUGGAGUAUACGCGUAUACGCCUUCAAGGAGCAGAGCGAUAGCGUGUAAUCGUUCCAAUGUCUGCCAGCGUUAUGAACAGCCGAUACGAAACAAAGAACUAUUCAUUACAUUCAACGCAGAUAAGAGUCGCUAUUUCCGCCAAGAUGGUGCCGAUGUGCACACAGAUGGAAACAUUUCCCCCUCUCAAGCGGUCGUCGGGGUGGUGCAGGGGGUGCAGGGCAUCUACGAAGAUCAGACAAUCCAGGUGGUGCCGGUCACAUCUUCGCGCACCCGGCAAGGGUCUUUCACAGGUCAACAGCGUUAGCUAUUGUGACCAAUCCAGAUCCCAAGUCCUAACCAAGCUAAGCAACAAGCACAAAGUGAUGAUAAAGGUGCACGCAGAAUUGGAAGAUCAUAGGCGUUACAUAGUCUCGUUCCUUCUGACGAAGAAAAUGAAUCUAUCGAGAACAAAAUCACUCAGUUCCCGAAUGAUGAUGAUUUUAUCAACUACCAACUAUAUUUCUUAUGUAAACUCUUAGCAUUAUGUACUGGUACAUGUCACUACAAUUAUAUUAAUAAAUUAUUUGAGAUAGGCGAAAAGCUAUUCCGUUUAUUAAAAUGAAAUUCCAUUCCAUUUCCAAGCGCAAAACAUUUUCAAAAGUGAGUAAGAUCUACUCACUUUUAGCCGGAAAAAAGUGAGUAAGUCUUACUCUAAUUUUGACAUAUUGCAGCAUUACUCGUAAGUGAGUAAACAUACGGUUACUCAAAAGUGAGCUGUUCCACUUUUUU